AUGAGUAUGGAGAGUUACAAUAACUCGUACUCCACGCGUCGUAAACCGUCUGUCCUGUUCCUUUCACGGUUGAAAAAACUUCAUGCCAGCGAAAGAGCGGGCAGGUACCAGGUGGCCCUGGUGGACCAGGUGGCCCUGACUGGCCGGGUGGACUUUGUGGUCCAGGAGGGCCGGGUGAACCAGGCUGGCUGGGUGGACCAGGUGGUCCAGGUGGACCAGGCUGACUGGGUGGACCAGGUGGUCCAGGUGGGCCGGGUAAACCGGGUGGGCCAGGAGGGCUGGGUGGACCAGGUAGACCAGGCGGGCUGGGUGGACUUGGUGAUCCAGGAGGGCCGGGUGGACCAGGUGGGCUGGGUGGACCAGGAGGGCCAGGUGGACCAGGCGGGCUGGGUGGACCAGGAGGGCCAGGUGGACCAGGCUUGCUGGGUGGACCAGGUGGUCCGGGUAAACCGGGUGGGCCAGGAGGGCUGGGUGGACCAGGUGGACCAGGUAGACCAGGCGGGCUGGGUAGACUUGGUGGACCAGGAGGGCCGGGUGGACCGGGUAGACCAGGCGGGCUGGGUGGACCAGGUGAACCAGGUAGCCCUGGCGAGCAGGGUGUACUUGGUGGGCCAGGAGGGCCAGGUAGACCAGGUGGGCUGGGUGGACUAG